AUGACAAUAACAGCGUCAAACACUUUGGAGUUCAAAUGGACGUCGCCAAGGAGCUCAAGGUCUUCAUUCCGGACAACAACAGAUGUGGAUCAGAAAAUAUCUAUCGAUAUGAGUAAUACUUACUGUGAUCAGGUACUGGGACCUUUAUACUCUUACAUGAUGGUUCUUGGACUGAAUCAUACUCAUAGCAGUGCUAGAAAUACAAUGUUCAAAUGGCCCCUCACUAUUUACAACUAUGCAACCCUCGCAGUAUUGACGGCCGCCACAAUCCGACGCAUUUCGCAAAUCAAACAAAAGUCGGUGACGAAUGAGGAAAAAGAUGCUGCCUUCCAUGUUCUGAAUCCGACGUUUGUUCUCACACUGUGUCAUGCUCUGCUAAUGUUCAGUGGGCUUGCCGCUGCUUUCCUGCUGCUCAAGCUGCAAAAGCAACGAGAGAAAAUGUAUCACGUCCUGGACCAGGGGCUUGGAAGGAACAGAAAUGAGGAACACGAUGAUCAUCAUUUCAAAUUGAACAAAUUGUUUAUAGGAAUCAGUUUUUCCUUUGCAGGUGCACUGUCUUUUGUGCAAAUUGCGACAAAACUGAAAUACCUUGAUCUACCCGAUACACCAGAUCUUAUUAACCGUAAACUAUACUUCGUAAUUCUGGAAGGCUAUGUGAUUUUCAUUGCAUCAAGUUGCAUCUCACUAGUUGCUAUUCUAUUCUUUCAACUAUGUCGUAUCUUACAAUUCUCUAUAGGACAGCUUAUUGAAGAGAUGGUACCAAAAGAAAAGGAAGAGUGCCCACUGCCAGAACAGUCUUUACAACAAAUCCACGACGUACAGAUUCAUUAUCAAGAGAUUUCCAAUGCGAAGUUGUACAUUGAACAAAACUUUUCGUUUUCUCUAUUCUACACAUAUGGAUGUUGCAUUCCUUUGACAUGUUUAUUGGGUUACAUUGCUUUCAGAAAUGGUAUACAGGCGGAUAUGGCGGAAACUUUCUCUGUGGUUAUUUGGCUUACCAACACUAUGCUUGCAUUGAUGUUAUUCUCUAUUCCUGCAUUCAUGAUUGCUGAAGAGGGUGACAAACUACUGACUGCAUCUUUCAAAAUGUAUCAUGAAACUCUGUGUGAGGAACGAGAUCUUCUAGUUUUGUCUCAAAUGAGUUUCCUGUCCUUCCAAAUGCAUGCCACAAAGCUGACACUCACUGCUGGCAACUUCUUCAUGAUGAACAGAAAGAUUAUGAUCAGUUUAUUCUCCGCCAUUUUCACAUACUUCCUCAUUUUGGUGCAAUUCGAUGCUGAGAAGGAGCGAGCAGGAGAGUGCAACAACCAAUCCCGAGUGCUUAUCGUCCAACCACCUAUGUAA